GAGAAGAAGCUGUUCACUCCUGGUCCUCUCUCCGUAUCGUUGACUGUCAGACAGGCUGCAUUACGAGACUUGGGAUCCAGGGACAUCGAAUUCAUCUCCACCGUCAAGUUCCUACGGUCGAAGUUAUUAGAAAUUGCAGGGAGAAGAGGAGUGCUGCUGCACUGACUCUUUCAGGAGCCUUAGGGAAGUAAAACAAAAUUGUCUGGGUCAUAUUUCUUUUUAAACAAAGUGGUCAUCAUGAAAUUCAAGAAAGGUUGCUUAUUUGUCCAUGUCAUGCAUGAGAGUUUAUGACUUAUCUACAUCAGAAACAUGGAGAGAGAAAAGAAUUUAGGAGCAGGACUUUGGUGAAGGGAAACUGAAAGGAUUUUUCCAAGAAGUAAAUUGUGUCCAAAUGACUUUUACAAGUCAUUCCCUGUAAAUUUAUAACAGUUUAUAACAAUUCUAUUCAUUUAUCUGCAUUUAUUUCCAAGUUUAAUACAAUUAUAAUCUUCAAAUCCCCAGGAUUUUUGCUUCCUGGACAAAAAUUCAAUCUGCUCUAUAAGUUGGCUCCCAAUGUAACGUUUGACAAACAUGCAAUCAUUUCAAAUUUGAUAAAUAUUAUUCAUUUAUCUUUCUUAUGAUAUUAGAAAUGAAUAGCUUAAAGUUGAUUUGGGGUGAGAAGAAAAUUUCCAUUUGCUUUACUAAUCUCUUUAAGAUUUUAGUGCUGGACACAAAGGCUGCAUCGUACAAUCGAGAAGUCUCGAAAAAAUAUUACACUGCUGUUCCCGUGCAGGGAAGCGGAACUUUUGCUGUGGAGGCAGUGUUUCAUACAGCUGUACCUAAAUCGUACGGAAAGGUCUUGGUAUUAGAGAAUGGAGCCUAUGGGAAAAGAAUGGGGAAAAUCUGUGAGGUGUUGAAGAUUCCUUACCACAUGGAGGGAUUUGCAGAAGACAGCAAGGUGACAGUGGAACGAGUGGAACAGAUUCUACGGAAUGACCCAUCAUUCUCCAUGGUAGCCAUAGUUCACUGUGAGACCAGCUCAGGAGUUAUCAAUCCUGUUGUGGAAGUGGGACAGAGUAUUAAGAAAAUUAAGCCAGACUGUGUGUACUUUGUGGAUGCUAUGAGCAGCUUUGGAGCAGUUCCAUUGGACCUCGAGAGUGGUAACAUAGAUUUCCUGGUCAGUUCAGUCAACAAGUGUCUUCAAGGAAUUCCGGGGUUUUCCUACGCAAUAGCAAAGAUUGAGCAGCUACUGCAAUGUAAAGGUAAUUCACGCAGCUUGAGCCUGGAUCUACAUGAUCAAUAUGAUGGUCUGGAGAAGACUGGGCAGUUCCGAUUUACUCCCCCGACACACUGCAUGCUGGCAUUCUGUCAGGCAAUCAAGGAGUUUGAAGAAGAAGGGGGAGUUGUUGGAAGAUCUAAAAGAUACAGAGAGAACCGGAGAAUACUACAGGAAGGGAUGAACAAGCUUGGAUUCGAAGAGUUCCUCAGUCCGGACCAUGACGGAUAUAUCAUUACCUCAUACAAAUUCCCAAAGGAUCCCAAUUUUGACUUUAAAACUUUUUAUAGUAAACUGAAUGAAAAAGACCUGGUGAUAUAUCCGGGGAAGGUGUUGAAUGCUGACUGUUUUAGGAUUGGUACCAUUGGUCAACUUUUUCCUGAAGAUUUCCACAAAUUACUGGCUUGUAUUGAGGAUGUUUGCAAGGAUAUGAAUAUUAAACUUCCAGUCACAUAGUAUAGAUAAUCAUAUGUGUUCAUACCAGAUCUGAGGGUUGGAAAAUCACUGGGUGUUUUAUUAUGUAGUGGGUGAUGUCUGGAUACAAUUUAAAUUCAUACAUGAUUUUCAAGCAUGUUAUAAUAUACAUCUAUAUUUAUAUAUAUUUGCAUGUGUUGUAAGAAAAUACUAUUUAUAGAAUAUAUACUGUUAUGUGCAUUAUUCAGUAGAAGCAAAAGAAAUCCCCUUUCUGUGUAUUAUAAACACAAAUACAGUAAAACACGCUUCUAAUGAACAUGCUUAUAAUGAAGUCACACUUAUUACAAAGUAAUAUUUACUCCCCUCUGAGAGGAAAAUAACUUAAAUGUUAUUGGAUAGAAUAAAGUUUGGUUACAACAAACUGUCUUUCGCUGGCCCUGGAGGUUUGCUAUAACUGUGUUUUACUGUAUCUGAAGGUGUAGUAUUAUACAUUUAUUUAAUGAUAGUGAGGGAGCACCCUUGGGGAAUAUGAUUUUUCUUGGGUGAAUAAAUCUUCAUAUCUCCUGAACAUUCAUGCAAUAAAUUGUUUAUUAUACCGAAACAUAGCAAGACUACACUGUAGACUUGUAAUAGUAGCAUUCUGUAAUAUAACAAGUUGUCAAAGAAAACUUUAAUUCAUACUCAUUUUUGUAGCAACAAUCAAACUAUGCAGAAUCAUAGAUAGAUAACAACAUUGCAUAACUAUGAUCAUUUCUGAAAAUUAAUGUUUAUGGUAAUGUUACAAUUAUCAGAGAAAUUUGGUCUGAAAUUAAGGAAUCCCUUGGAAGAUUGACAUUGUUCAUGUCUAAUGCUUGCUAGUAAUGACUUGGACUUGUGAUGUCACAAUAAACUACGUCUACCUUGACGUAAAAUUUAUGAGGAUGCCAAGGGGUAAAAUAUGAUAGGGAGAAAUGAUGUUUGAGCGGGAGAUAUGAAGUUUUGUCAUCCCUGGCACGUGACUGUCUAGACCAAUCAGAUUAUGUGUUGCAUAGAAUUCUCAUACUGAGGUAUAAUAUUAAAAAAAUAUCACUUGUUUUGUGAUUGAUUACACAUUGAUCCUCAGAUUUCUGUUGAUUAAUAUGUGGAUCGUCUGUAAACAAAAAAAAAGCAGACAAAGCAGGGACUCUCAGUAUUAAAUCAUGUACUUAUAAA